CUCGCAUGCGCAGUUGAAUUUAAUGAACUUGUUACUGCCACGAAGACGUUAUUUCGCGUUUUAUGAUCCUCUAUAUAGAUAUUUAUGAAAAUUUUCAUUCGUCCACGUGAUCAAUUAAAAACUUAAAUAUUGCAUUUCAGUAUACGUGCACGUGUGUGUGUCUCUGCUGUGACGGAUAUGUGAUAUCUAACGACAGAUCAAAUUAAGAGGAUAUAUGAAAAAUAAAUAGUAAAUGUCUCGAUGAAAAAUUAAUAUGGCAACGUCAGAAAGUGAUGAUUUUGAGAGUGCUGACGAGGAAUUGGCUCAUAAUGUAACUUCGAAAACUAAUGUAGAAGAUACGAGAUGGUCUGGUAUGCAAUCGGUCGUUGAUUCUGAAUCGGACGACGAUACCGAAUGCAUUCCACAGUUACCAAGAAAAAAUAUAUUAAUUUAUGAGAAUCCUAGAUUCCGUUCCUUUCGAGGAGAAGUUGCUAGCGAUGAGGAAAAGCUUAUUACCUUAAAGGAUAUAUCUACUAAAGAGUGUAACGAUGAAGAAAGUAAAGUAUCUACUGAAAAAAUUCAAGAAAUUGUUCCCUCGACAGAUACAGCAACAGAAACGACAAUAGUCAAAGACAAUACAUUACAAACUUCUACUAUGAAUCAAGAAAAUUCUACAGAAGUUAUUUCUAAAAGUAUAACAGCCAUUGGUACUAAAGAGGAAAGAUUGAUUAGACCUAAAAAAUCAAGUGAUGGUUCUAGAAAACUUGGUGCUCGAAAGCUAGGAACAAAGAUAGAAAAAGAGUCUGAUAUUACAUCUAAUACGAUUGAUAAUGUAAAAGAAAAUAUAUCUACGAAGAAUGUAAUCUCUAAAGAAUCUACAAUGGAGAUAGAUGUUGUCCCUGAUAUAUCUUCUAAUGCAGAUCUUUCAGAAGUUGAUAUGCCUGAAGAAUUGAAAUCAAAUAAAAAAUUUAAAGAGAUAUUCAAACCUCAAGGAUGGGAAAAAAUUGGUAAUAAUAUAGAAUUAGAUGAAGAUCUAACGGAACAAAAAAUACAACCAGUAUUAGAUAGAUUAUCCAUAGACGAUAAAGAUACUGAAAAUUCUUUGUGGGCCAAUUGGGGUAGUUGGGGCGUAAGUUCCUUGAUUAACACCGCUACUGCUGGAGUAUCUACUUUGACAACUCAUGUUAGUCAAGGAUUAUCGCUUUUGGAAGAGACAAUAAAUUUACCGGAUAACUCACAGUUACAAAUGAUACAAGAUACUACACAGGAAGAAGAAGUUAUAAUUCCUGAAAAAGAGCUUACAGAAAAUGUAUCUAGUUUAUCGCAAGGAUCUUUUGGUUUAAGUAGUUUUCUACUUGGAGUUUCAUCCAUUACAAAACUAGUUGAAUCAACUGGUAGCAAAGUUAUGAGCGGUGGUUUGGAUACUUUAGAAGCGAUAGGUAAAAAGACCAUGGAAGUUUUGCAAGAAGGUGAUCCUGGUUUAAAAAAAAAGAGAGCAUUUUUUAUGCCAGAAGAAAACAAGCCAAAUUUAUCUCAAAUACUUAGAGAAGCAAAAGAUAAAGCUGAAUCUGAAGAAAAAACGAUCGAAGAGAAACAAUUGGCAAGGAAGAUUCAUUUUGAAUCUUUGUUUGAUGAUUAUCAAGGCCUGGUUCAUCUAGAAGCAUUAGAAAUGUUGUCAAAGCAGUGCAAUAUAAAGAUUCAAGGAUGUCUGAUAAAUCUUGAUGCAGAAGAUUUGAUUUCUCUGCAAGAAACAUUAGAAGAAGUUAAAGAAUUAUGUGACUUGGAUGAUGAAGAAAAUAAAUCAGAAAAUAAAAGAGAUCUCAAAAGUCGUUUGGCCGAUGCUUGCCAAGAAUUAGAAAUUAUUAUUACAUAUGAAAAACUCGAAGAUAUUUGGAAAGAAGUUAGAUCUAGUUCAUUUGUUACCUCUCCCAUGUCUCAUACAAAUCUGGAGAUCUUUCAGUGUGCUAUUUCUACUAUAGCAAAGUUUACAGCAGUUAGUAUGGAAAGGUUUCAUAAAACUGCAGAAUUACUUUUAAUUAAAGAAAGACGUAGUACCGCAAGUGAAGCAGAAGCACUUGUUCGUCUAACACAUAUCUUAACAGAUGAAAUUAGUUUAUUAGCUACACAUUUCUCCGACGUAUUAAAAGAAUUUAUUAAAAUGUCUAACAGUGCAGACGAUAUUAAUGCUAAUAUAACAACAGUCUUUUUUGAAGCUGAGAAUGCAAGUUCGUACAUUCAAGAUGCUUUUAAAUUGCUAAUUCCAAUUUUACAAGUUGGUGCUCUUUAAAUGGAUGAUUAUCUUGUGAUAAUGAUUUGUUUAAAUAAAUCAAUGCAGAUUCGUAUAUAAGCAUUGAUUUUUAAUUGUAAAUAUAAUAUAAUGAGAAUUUAUAUAAAAUAUCUAUUUCAAUUAUUUGAUAUAUCAGCAUUAAGGUGAUGGUUUAUAAAUAUGUAUAUUAUUUUUUAGAUCUUCUUAUGCACUUUGUAUUCAUUAUUAACAAAGAUAAUCAUGUAUGAAACUCAUAUUUCAAUAAUGAAAAAGAUAUCUGAAAAUUUAUCUUAUAUUU